AAAAAUCUUGAUUCUUGGUUAUGAUGAAUCUGAGUCUACUCAAUUUCACCACUACAACAUUCACAACUCGGUCACUCUCCAUCUUCACUUCUUCUCUCUCUUCACUCUCUCUCCUCCCCAAGAGAAAACCAUUCUUUUCGCCCAGACCCUUCUUCUCUCUCUCCUCCAGAAGUUUAUCGGUUGCAUCGGCCAUGGAUAAUGCCGGAGGAAUUCCCACAAAAGAAACACCGUCGAGUGUAGACGCAGCUACUCAAGAAGAAUAUUCUUCUCUGUCCAAACUUCUCCAAGAAUUCACAGAUAUUCCCACCAUCGAUAAAGCAUGGACUUUUAAAUCCGACGACGAUGACGCUUCUCAUGCGAUGUUUGUAAUUGGACAACCUAGCCUUUUAUCAAACAAGAAGAGGAAAUCCGUAUUAUCCAGUCAUAUUUUACGGAAGAGUAACGACUCUGUAAGUUUUCAGUGGGCCCCGUUCCCUAUCGAGAUGACAGGUGUCACCACCAUGGUUCCCUCUCCGUCGGGAUUGAAGCUUCUCGUUAUUCGAAACCCGGAAGGUGACGGUCCGACCCAUUUUGAAAUAUGGGGCCCGUCUUCGGUUAAGAAGGAGUUUUCGAUUCCUCGUACUAUACAUGGAUCGGUUUAUUCAGAUGGAUGGUUCGAGGGUAUUUCUUGGAACUCAGACGAAACUUCCAUAGCUUAUGUUGCGGAGGAACCCGAUUCUCCUAAACCUACAUUUAAUGUUUUCGGUUACAAAAAAGACGGUAAUUCGGACAAAGAUUGUGGUAGUUGGAAAGGUCAAGGUGAUUGGGAAGAGGAUUGGGGAGAGACUUACGCCAGUAAAAAACAGCCAGCUCUUUUCGUUAUGGACAUUCACAGUGGCGAGGUUCUUGCUGUCACGGGAGUGGAAAGAGAAUUGAGCGUCGGACAGGUGGCGUGGGCCCCACCGGUCGAAGGCAGGCACUACCUCGUUUUCAUUGGGUGGCCUUCGAAUAAUCGGAAAUUAGGUAUCAAGUAUUGCUAUAAUAGGCCCUGUGCUUUGUAUGCAGUCAAUGCGCCAUCCUUCGAAUCAGGAGCUGGUAUAAACCGUAAUGCAGCUGAAGAUUCUGUCGCGGUUAAUUUGACCCCGAGCAUAAGCAGUGCAUUCUUUCCACGUUUCAGCCCAGAUGGGAAAUUCCUCGUAUUUUUGUCUGCAAAAAGUUCUGUCGAUUCUGGAGCACAUUCAGCAACAGAUUCACUUCAUAAAAUUGAGUGGCCCUCCAAUGGAAAAGUAGGCCCAUCCUCGAAGAUCGUUGAUGUGGUUCCAGUAGUGAUGUGUCCUGAAGAAGGCUCUUUUCCGGGGCUUUAUUGCUCGAAGUUUCUUCCUAAGCCAUUUCUUUCAGACGGAGAAACAAUGGUUUUAUCGUCUUAUUGGGGUAGUGCUCCAGCUAUAAUUACCGUAAAUGUAUCAAGUGGACAAGUAUCAAGAAUCAGCCCGAACAAUUCAAACUCGUCUUGGGAUGUUCUUGAUUUAGAUAGUGACAACAUUAUUGCUGUAUGUAGUAGCCCUGUAAGUAUUCCCGAAAUCAAGUACGGUAGCCUCGUCGGGAAAAUAUCCGGAGAUGCCAAAUGGAAUUGGCUCGAUGUUUUAUGCCCCACAACCAAAUGCUCGGACAAGUGUUUGUCUUUGUUGGCUUCACUACAAUUUGAUAUCUUGAAGAUUCCCGUCAAGGACAUCGUUGAGAAUCUUACCAAAGGUGCAAGCAAACCAUUUGAAGCUAUAUACGUGUCGUCAAAGUCUAGUGAUCCUAAAUUGCUCGAUCCGUUAAUAGUAAUUCUUCACGGAGGUCCUCACACCGUUUCAUUAUCAAGCUUCUCAAAGUCCCAUGCUUUUCUUUCCUCGCUCGGUUUUAGUUUGCUUAUUGUGAAUUAUAGAGGUUCUCUAGGGUUUGGUGAGGAAGCACUGCAGUCUCUUCCCGGGAAAGUGGGCUCUCAGGACGUAAACGAUGUACUCGCCGCUAUAGAUCACGCAAUUGACAAGGGACUAGCGGAUCCAUCUAAAAUAGCCGUUCUUGGUGGGUCCCACGGUGGAUUUUUGACCACGCACUUGAUUGGUCAGGCACCGGAGAAAUUUGUUGCAGCAGCAGCUAGGAAUCCGGUGUGCAACCUUGCUUUGAUGGUCGGCACAUCGGAUAUUCCCGAUUGGUGCUAUUUUGAGGCGUAUGGAAUCGAGGGAAAAUCAAUGUAUACUGAAGCACCUUCGGACGAACAACUUGCUCUGCUUUACAGCAAAUCUCCGAUUUAUCACAUUUCAAAGGUUAAAACUCCCACGCUAUUUCUUCUCGGUGCUAAGGAUCUACGCGUACCGGUUUCUAAUGGAAUACAAUAUGCACGAGCUUUGAAGGAGAAAGGAGUGGAAAAUAAGGUGAUUGUAUUCCCCAACGAUGUACAUGGCAUCGAUAGGCCACAGUCCGACUUCGAAAGCUUCCUUAACAUCGGAUUAUGGUUCAAGAAAUAUUGCAAGUAAAUCGUUCAUUAAAAUUAUCGAUUCUUGAUAAAAUCGUGUGUAACAUAUAUAUAUAUAUAUAUGUCAGUUUAUUUUUGAAAGUCUUCUAAAAUCUUUUUUUUUUUCAUUGGGACAUGAUUUGACGGUGACA